UGUUAGUGGCGUAGGUGGAGAGGUGAAGUACGCAACUCAACAUUAUCACCUUUUUCAGCUAUAAAUGGAGAUGUUUAGAAGAGGUUUUUUACAUUGCAACACACACAAAUUAAAUUCUUUCACAAUAUCUCAUUUUUAUAAUUUUUUCAUCUUUUUCUUUCUUUUUUUUUUGAAAUCUUUGUGAGAAAAAAUGGCUAAUGUUGGAAACACUAGUACUGUGGAUACUCGUCUUGAAGAGCUGGAUCGUGAGAGCACAGAGUUGAAAGGUGAGAUUGAGAAGCUCGGUGCGGAAUUAGUCAAACUUCAUCAUCAAACUGGUUUACCUGAUGUUUGUGCCAUUGAUGAGGUCAAGAUGAAGCUCAUAGAUAAGCAAGUGAAGUUGAAAGAGCUCUCCGAGAAGAUGAAAGAAGUUAAGAAGGAGAUGGAGGAAACCCAAGAGUGAUAGGUUACUUUUACAAUUCCAUAGUGAAGCUCUCUUUAUAAAUAAGUAACUGAGAUAUUGAUCUUGAGGGCGAGUUAAUUUAAAUUUUUCUUGAACUAUUUAAGUCCAGGGAGACUUUCUUGUAAUUAAAAUAAUUGGAAAAUUGUUGUCUCUAAACUCUGAUGAGUUUUAUAUCUCUAUAAUAUAUAUGCAUGUUUGGUUCUGCAUU